AUGGCUUCUUUACGAUUCGCCAAGUCCGAAGCAUACGCUCAGGUUGACGCCGAGGCUGAAAGGCAAAUUCUCGAUGCCUACGCUGAAACUCUAGAUGAGUCUAAUUCAGAAGAUAUAUAUCUCAAACAUUUGCCAAUAAUAUUUCACAAGUUGAAUAUACCGCACUGCUUCACUAGAGACAUUGACAAUUGCAUCCAGUGGUUCUACGAUAUACAUUUCUACGAUUCAGCUAGUAAUAGCCACAAAUCUCGUCUGGUUCAGCUGCUACUACGUCAGUUGACUCUAACCACAACCCGUGGAGGUGAACAAGACGUUUCAGAUGUAGUCGACAUCGAUAAACUAAUACUCUUCGGAAACCGGCUAGUGAAAUUCAGAGACCAUUUUCCUGAGAUCAAAAACGCCUGGCGACUCUUUGUUGAGGCUUCAAAGAAGAAAUCAUCCGGCAAUUCAAAUGGGCUCCGUGAUAGCGACCUCAUAGACUCCAAGCUCACACUCAAGGACCUACGAAGCAUCAAGGGUUACUUAGAGCUAGAUGACAUUAGCGACUCCAUUCUCAUUGACAUGUUAGGCUGUGGAACUACAACGUUGGAGGGACAGGUGCUUAACUACGAAGGUAACAGUGGCGGGUUGGAAGUUGGAAUCAAAGAUUUUGCUGAGAUCUUGGGACAGAUUGGUCAGCUCGAUUAA